AUGGAGCAUGGGGAUGUUCCCUUCAUUCCGCCUGAGCGGUUCCCAGGCGUUCCAGGAGCUCUGCAGCUGGUAUGGGACAAAAUCGCGUUCAGAAGCUCCAUCAGUUUCUUCGGAUCAUUUGCAUCUUCAGACUCCCUUUGGUACUUUGAUGUCGAUGCGCACCCCGGCGUUCGUAACUACGUGGCGCUGACGAUUGACGACGCGCCCUGUCGGCUGAGUCCCAAGAACUCUAUGCUGCCUCAGGUUCGAUCCCUCUUAAAGCAGCAUGGUGCCCAGGCAACCUUCAUGCUCCUGGGCAAGUUCAUCGCAGGUAAUGAGGACGCUUUGGCUGACCUCCUGAAAGAUGGCCAUGAGCUGGGCAACCAUUGCCUUAUAGACAAGAGCUACAUGAACUGGCCUCUGGAAGAUUUUGAGGAUGCGGUUGAUGAGUGCUCCAGCCGCAUCACCAGCUUGCAGCGGAGCGCUGGCGUUGAAGAGGGCGUCCGGUGGUUUCGCGCUCCGCAUGGCAGGCUGAAUGCUGCCAUGUCUGGCAUCCUCAAGCGAAAAGGCUUGACUAAUGUGAUGAGUGAUACAUACGCGUGCUGCCCAGUUAUCCAGGAUGGUGACUUUAUUGGUAAGUUUCUAGGCAAAACAGCACAGCACGGCUCCAUCAUCGUAAUCCACAUGCCGGAGCGUGGCUUUCGCGAGUGGUGUUGGGUUGGCCUUCAAACUCUGUUAUGUCAGCUGCGUGAGCGUGGGUUAACGGCCGUGAGCCUCGGCAGGCUCGUCGAGCUGAGCCACACAGUGGCGUUGUAA